GGGCUAUCUAUGUAUAUUUAAUCAAUGGUUGUAGAUCCCGAGAUUUACUCUAUACUAUAGCCGAUCCACAGCCGUAUAAUUAUCAGCUAUAGCCGUGUUCGUGAUAUGGGUUCGUGAUAAGUUCCAUCAAGUUCGAUUUUCUUAUCAUAUCAAAUACUAUUUUGAAAAAGUUAUUAUCUAGAUCGUGAAAAAUACCACUUUUCGUUGUACAACUCCGUUAACAUCCCGUUCCCGUAAUCCCUUCUAACUCCGUAAUAUAAUAAUAUAAUAUAAUAUUAUGAUUAUGAUGUACUUACAAAUUCAAUAAAUUUAUCUCAUAUCUGGUAAUAAAUUAUUAUUGAUUCGAAUUAUUUAAAUAUUUAAUAACCCUUGAAUAUGUCUAUAAAAUUAUUUAAAUAUGUCACAAAUUUUUGUAUAAAAAGCAGAGUGUUAAUGAAAUAUAAUUUGAGUACAUCAAAUAACGAAAAACUGUAAGUAUCUUAAUAUGUUAAUAUAUAUUCUUAAAAUUCUUAAUAUUAAUCACAUGGAUUUUAAUAUCUUCUCUUUAUUUUUUAUUACCUUUUAGUUUUCAAGAACUCGAAUAUUCUUACUAAAAAUUGAUUUUCUUAUUGAGGUCAUGUAAAAAUAUAUAAAUUAUUUUGUUAUCUACUGUAAAAUUUGAUACUAUGUUGAAGAAUUUGCAACAAUAAAAAUGAAAACAAAGUUUUUUAAAUACUAUAAAAUAAAAUAGAAUUUUAACAUAUUAAAUAAUUUGAUAUUUUCAGAAUUAAGGUAACUUUUAACAAAGCCAAUGGUGAAAAAGUAACUGCAGAAGGGAAGAAAGGAGAUUCAUUGCUAGAUGUCAUUGUCAAUAAUAACUUAGAUUUCGAUGGAUUUGGUACUAUUAUAAAACAAUCAAAUAUAUAUUACUUCAUUACUUCAUUACUCAAUAAUACCUUCUUUUAUAGGAGCAUGUGAAGGUACAUUGACAUGUUCUACGUGUCAUGUUAUAUUAAAUCAGAAGAAUUAUGAUGAAUUACCUGAAAAACCAUCAGAUGAAGAAUUGGAUAUGUUAGAUUUAGCAUAUAAUUUAACUGACACGUAAGCAUCCAAUUUUUGAAACUUUAGUGUAUAGUUUUAAUGAUUUAUAAUUAUGUACAGUUCUAUAAUUGAUUGGGUCCAUCCAAAAUAUAUAUAUAUAUAUAUAUAUGUAUUUUUAAAAUAGCUGUUUAUUUGAUUUUAUACAAUUACCUUCAAAUACUAUAUAAAUAAUUGAUAAUAAAUGAAUUGAUAAUAUUAGAAUAAAAAUGUUGAACAAUGUUCUUUAAAAAUAAGUAUUCUAUAUAGUAGAAGCCAUUUGUAAUGACACGAGUGAUUACAAAACUGAUAUACUAACCUUAAAUUGAAGGUCCCGGCAAAACUCCAUUUUGUGUACUAAUUUGUAUCAAUUAUUAUGAUGUCUGUAUACUAACUAUAUGUAUAAUAUGAUGGUUAUUUUGGCUGUAUUAGAAAAAUGUUUUAUCUAUAAUGACUGUAUUAUAUUUAUCGAUUAUAACAUUUAUUUUUAGUUAUACACAUUGGAAAAAUAUUUUAUUAAUUAUAACUAUAUUGAAGGUAAAGUAAUCGUUUUUUGGAAUUUUGUCAUCAGUGUACAGACAUUCCGUGUUCAUGUAUUUCAUCGUAAUCGUCAUGCAAUUAAUUGUGUUUUCUAUAAAUGGUAUGUUGAAUUGUAAUAAAAUGAGCAAACAAAAGCAAUUCACAAUUUAAAAAAAAAGCAAAUUUAAUUUUUCAUUUAAAAGAAGGUGAACAAAAUGACGAUAUAGCUAUUAUAGCUUAUAAUUAUGAUUUUUAUACAAAUAAAUUACAAACUAAGUGAAUAGAUUUUUUGUGUGUAUUGAAGUCAUAAUUUAGUAAUAAAAAUGUAAAAAAUUAAAGUGUAUAGUUAAAAGCUUAAAACUAAUAAUAAUUUGUGAUAAGUACCCAUUUUCAAUUUUGUUAUUAAAAAUAAUGAAUUAUGUUAAAUACUAUAUUUUUAAAACUGGUUUGUUCUAACAAACAUAUUUGAUUUCAUAAUUUAUAAAUUGAAUUUCUUUGGUGAUAAUAUUGAUAUUGUAUUAUUAUUAAAUAAAAUAUAUGACAUUCUAUUGAUAUAUUUUGUCUUAAGAACCUAUAGAAUUUAAUCAUACUGAUUAAUUUAACUUACUAAUUAUACAGGAUAUGUUUUUGUGUAUGUUAUGUAUUUAUAUUAAAUAUCUACAAUAUAUUUUAUUGAACCAACCAAAAUUGAUAUGGAUUUAAUUGUCUCCAUACAUACAUUUGUAUUUUCUAUUGUACUACAUGAAUAUGUAUUACAAUUUUUAAUACAUUUUCUUAAACUUUCUAUAAUUAUAUCUAUAUUAUGUGGGAGUGUAACAAACUUUAAAACAUGGUAUGGUUUUAAUAUUAUAUUUAAUAUUUACAUACUAUUCUAUUAUAAUAUACCCUAUCUAGUUAUUUUAGUUUUUAAUUUUCAUUAUAAAACUAAUUUGUUAGUUAAUUAUUACUUAUUAGCUAUUGUACAAUGGCUAAAAGUUGGUUUGUGAAAUUUUUAAUUAUUAAUUUAUACGUUUAUUCAUUUCAUAAACAUACAAAAAAAAAUUGUAUACAUAAACUUUUAUUGCAAACUGUAGUUAGCUAAAUUCAUUGUAAUAUUUAGUAAAACAGUUUUUGAAAUAAAUAACAAUAUUAUGCAUACAUAAUUUACUCUUAUUUCAAUUUGAUAAACUGGAACUUGAACUUAAAUUAGUUCAUUUUAAAAAGAACUUUCCCAUAACUGGGUUUUAAUAAUACUAGUGAUUGAAAUUAUUUCUAAAAUUACUUAUAGACAUCUUGUGCAUUAAACUUUGAAUAAUAUGCAUCUUUAAUAUUUAAACUAAAAAUUAUACUUUAUUAUUUUAACAUAAAAAUCUAAUAAUUAAUUAACACUAGUUUUGAAAUUAUUUUGUUUCAGAUCUCGAUUAGGAUGUCAAAUUGUUUUAGAAGAAAAAUUAGAUGGUUUAGAAGUCAAUGUACCAGCAACAGUUAAUGAUGCUAGGUAUAAUUAAUAUAGUACUUAUUGAAUAAGUUUAAUAAUACAUAAGGUACCUAGCUUUAGAGAGUUAUUGGUUUUAAAAUUUAAGGUCUAUAUAAUUUUAAUCUGAACUAAAAUAAUAUUAAUAAAAUGCAUUAAUCAUAAGUGUUAUUUUUUUAAUAGUUUAGUACUUCAAUCAUUUCCAUGGGUUAGGUUAGGUUAGUUUACUUGUGAAGUUUAUAACGAGUCAAAUUAAGUUUUUAUUUUCAGCAAUUUUUUAUCUUAAAGUAGUAAGUCACUCUAACCCAGAGGUUCCCAACGAGAGUGCCGCAGCAUCCUAGGGUGCCACGAAAUUAUUUGAAAUAUAUAUAUAUAUAUAUAUUUUUAAACAAAUUCUUGAAAACUAUAACACUGUGAGUAAUAAAACAGAAUAUAGUAAUAUUACAAUAUUCAAUCUAUUUUAAUUAAUUUUCAUACUGGUUCGAUUGCUAUAGUUAAUGUUCAAUGUAAUAAUUUGUUUUAUAAAAUAUAAUAUGUGUAUACCAGAUAUCUUCCACUUUUAUUUAUACUAAGGCACUUAGCUAGAUAAAACCGAAGUUACAAAAUAUAAAUUUCAAUACACGAUAUAUUAGUAUUGCGUAUUCAGUAUAGAGUGUAGGCCAUAUGGUGCCUCUAGAUUUUUAGAAAAUAAUUAAGGGUGCCGUGAAACAAAAACGGUUGGAAACCUCUGCCCUAACCUUUUGACUUUAACAGUAUGUAAAUAUGAAUAUUAAAGAAUGUGUUUGGGAAUUGUAGAAUGGUAGAUGAAUAUUGAAUUGAAUAUUUAUUAUAUAUACUAAUAAUUUAAUUCAAACUUAGUUAUUACAUGAUCAAUCUUUUAUAUUGUUAAUCUAAACUCUAACAUGUUAAUAAUUUAUCGAAAAGAAUAUUAAUAUAAUUGUGUUAAAACCACAUAAUUUUUAAUAUAAAAUCAAAUUGUUUGAGUUAUUCAAUAUUUAUUUUCAAAUCAAAAAAAUAAAUUAUUUCUAAUGUUUAAUAAUUUAUGGGUAAAAAAUUAAAUUGAUUUAACAGGAAUAAUAAAAGUAAUUGAAAAAGUUCAGAACUAAUUCGGAAUUCCUAAGAUUAAUAUGAAAAUUUUUAAUAAUUGUGUAAUCACAGAUCAUCAUUGUGAACCCCUUAGAAGACUUGUAAAUAUUAACUCUUUAAGUUCAAGUCGUGUAUAUUAUGACAUCAUAUUUAUUUAAAAUAUCUUAAAUGGCAAAAUAAAAGACAGUUUUCAUCUCAGUUUAAUUAAUAUAUCAGUUUCCACAUUUAAUUCCAGAAACUGGCCAACAUUUCAUAUUUCCAGGCACAAAACAUUUUACGGUUUUUUUCCCUCCUGUAAUAUAAUUGUAUAUACUGUAUUUGAUAUUUUUUAUUCCUCUUAGAGAGCAUUACAAAUUAGCAUAUUAUUGUUUUAACUAUUUCUUUCUUUAAUAUAUUGUUUACUUGACUAAACUUGAGCACUAACAGUCAUUUAAUUUUAUGCAUAUUCUGCUACCCAUCCAUACAUGCUUCUUUUCAAACUGGUUUAAGUAUCUUAUUUCCUGUACUAUAUGCCUUCGAUUUUGUAUUUCAAAUAAAUAAAAUAAAAUAAACAAUAAUAUAAUCAAAUUUAUUAACAGUCAAGAGUGGACUAAUAUUCAUAGCCCUAUUGUGCUGUCGAUGACCAGAACAGAUACUUUAGGUUAUAUGUUUUCAAUGGUACCCAACAGAUGACAAUUAUAGUUUACCUAAUUAUUUCAAGGGUUAGGUUUAGUUUGUCAUUCAAUUUUUACAAGUACUAGGUCAUACUGAUAUCACAGAAAAUUAAUUCACCGACUAACUAGCAAAAUCCUCGACAGGAGUUCAAAAAUUCUAUGGUUUAACUUUAUCCCAAACCAUAGAAUCUAUAAUCAAACUAUACCUUGAACACUAUGAAUCUCUUCUCAAUUUAUCACUUUGCACAUCUCCCGCCGUCUCACUAUCAACUUGAUUUUAUAACCUCAAUCUCUCCAGAAGCAUAGUAUUAUCCUCUUAUCUUUGCUUUGACCACACUUUACUUCCUUCUCAUUCUUUUAAACUUUCAUUGAACAAUGCCCCCCUCUGCAUAAAAAACAGGAUCUUUUGUUACUGUUUGUUUUAAUUUAAUUUUUUUUUAUGUUAUGUGAUGAUGGCCCAUACCCCACACUAGCAAUAAUAUAUUUCAUUAUAUUGUUAUGUAAUAUAACUCCUGGCUUAUUAAUUUAACUAUUUAUUUUUAUCUAAAUAUUAAACUUUGUUUAUAUUUUAUAACAAUUUUUAAAUGAACUAAAUUAGUAGUUACAAUUAACUUAUAUUCUGUUCAAAAUUACAACUAAUUAUAAGUUAUAAUUUUACUUAUAUCAUGUAUUUUUGUACACUUUUUUUUACUUACAUAUGUAAAUUAAAUACUUUUCUUAAAUUUAGUUCAAUUUAUUUAUUAUUUAAAUAUAUAAAAUAAGAAAAUCAAUGACAAUAUUUUAUAAAUAUUAUAUAGUUAUGUGCAUACAUUACUAGAAUAAAUAAUAUAUGUUAUCAACGAUAUCAUAUUAUUUUGUUGUAACUAUGCAACACAAAUUUAAAGACAAUUUAGUUGAUGAUAUUUAUAUUUUAAGCAAAAACUUUUGAUCGGACAUAUUUUUUAUACAUAGAUUGUUUGUAAUACAUAUUUAAAUAUUUUUAUUUCAGAGACUAAAAUAAUGUAUGUGAUAUUACAUUUAGUUAUAGAUGUUAUAUAUAUAUGGAAUGUAUACAUGGUUGUUACAAGUAAAUAUGUCAUAUGGUAUGUAUAAUAAAUUAUCAAUCAAAUUUAAAUUAUUUUAGUUAAAACACUUUUGCAUUGCCUGUAAAAUGUAAAUUUGAUAUAAUCAAACUAUUGUACUAUCUAGUUAAACAUUGUAAUUACCUCAUGUAAAUCUGUGGCAGCUAAUUUGCAGUCAAGUUGUUACUCAAAUUGUUAUACUUAAUUAGUUUAGGUUUAGUUUUAUUUAACCUAUUAAUUUCUGUUUUUCUGGAUAAUCUAAUUUAACCUUGGCAAGAGUUGAUGAAAGCCCAAGAUGUAUAAAAGUGUAUUAUUAAUUAAUUACAUAUUUCAAUAUCUAAACAUUGAAUAAAAAUUAACUUUUUUUGUAAAUGCCAGGUUUUAUAUAAUAUUUACUGUUAAAUAAUAUUUACUUAGAACAUCACAUUGUCCACAUUGUUUUAAAUUUAAUUUACAAUAUUUGCAUGUAAUAUAGUAUGUUUUUGGUUUUACAUGAUUAUUAGCCACUAUUUCCCUCCAAUUUGGAUAAAUUGUAUUCAUGUUAUGAAGUCUUGAAUUUUGUAAUUUUUAAGAGUAAUUCUUUCAAACUCCAUUGAACCAGGUUUCCAGUAAAUUGUAUUUAUUUAUUAAAUAGUUUAACAUUCAGAGCAAAGCUAUACAGAUUUUGUUUCUUCAAAAUCUUGUUGACUUAUUUAAAUUUGUUCAAUUUUAUUUUGUGCGUGU